AUGUCGGUUCGCAACAAUCCGUUCGCGAGGAAUGCCUCACCUUCGACAGGUUCGAAUGGGCCAGGCGGUGGGCCAGGCAGACCAAAAUCGACACUUAUCCCCUCAUCGCACUCUCCAUUCUCGGGAAUGGCCUCCCCACCCUCUCACGUCCGCACUCAGUCACAAAACUCGGUUGCGUCAACCAUGGCGCAGCCAAUGCCCCUCCGCACCGCCAAUAGUCAUGCUCGUCUACUUUCUAGGGACGCCAGCACCGCGAGCUCGAGCUCGGGCACAUUCGCCCCAUCAUUUAUCAAGACGGAUGACUUGAGAAAACCCACCGACAUUGUCAAGGGAAUUGAAGGGGAGAAUGACUUUUCUGGCAAGAAAUACGUGUGGCUUAAGGAUCCACAGACGGCUUUUGUCAAGGGCUGGGUAGUCGAGGAGCUGCCAGGGAACAAGAUACUGGUUCAGUGCGAUGAUGGGAGUCAACGAGAGGUCGACGCAGAAAGCGUCGACAAAGUCAACCCCGCCAAGUUCGACAAGGCUAACGACAUGGCCGAGCUGACGCACCUGAACGAGGCAUCCGUCGUCCACAACCUCCACAUGCGCUACAUGUCCGAUCUCAUCUAUACCUACUCUGGCCUGUUCUUGGUCACAGUCAACCCCUACACCCCACUCCCCAUCUACACGAAUGAAUACAUCAACAUGUACAAGGGCCGAAACCGGGAGGAUAAUAAGCCCCAUAUCUACGCCAUGGCCGACGAGGCCUUUCGAAAUCUGGUGGAUGACAAUGAGAACCAGAGUAUUCUUGUGACUGGUGAAUCAGGUGCAGGAAAGACGGAAAACACCAAAAAGGUCAUCCAGUACCUUGCUGCUGUUGCAAGGUUGGACUCGACGGCAAAGAGCAGGGAGCAGCAGCAUUCUACCCUUUCGGCUCAGAUUCUGAGGGCCAAUCCCAUUCUGGAAGCUUUUGGAAACGCUCAGACUGUGAGGAAUAACAACUCGUCGCGAUUCGGCAAGUUUAUCCGGAUCGAGUUCAAUCGGAAUGGGUCGAUUGCUGGUGCCUUCAUUGACUGGUAUUUACUUGAGAAGUCCCGAGUCGUGAGGAUCAACUCUCAGGAGCGGAAUUAUCACGUUUUCUAUCAGUUGCUCAAGGGCGCUGAUAGGAGGCUCAAGCAAGAGUUCCUGCUGGAUGGGCUUGAUGUGGAGGACUUUGCUUAUACCAGGGAGGGUCAGGAUACUAUCUCCGGUGUGUCGGACCGCGACGAGUGGAACUCGCUGCUGGAGGCGUUUGGGGUUAUGGGGUUUGAUGAAAGCGAGCAGGCGGCCAUUCUGAGGACCAUUGCGGCGGUGCUCCAUCUGGGUAAUCUGAAUGUUGUCAAGGAGAGCAGGUCUGCGGACCAGGCUAGACUGGCACCGGACGGGAAGGAGGUUGCGGCCAAGGUUUGCAAACUGCUAGGUGUGCCGUUGCAGCCUUUCUUGCAGGGGUUACUGCACCCCAAGGUCAAGGCAGGAAGAGAAUGGGUUGAGAAGGUGCAGACUCCGGAGCAGGUUCGGUUCAGUAUCGAUGCUCUGGCGAAGGGCAUCUACGAGCGAGGCUUCGGGGACCUGGUCACGAGAAUCAACCGGCAGCUUGACCGGCCUGGGAUGGGGCUGGAUGAUACCAGGUUCAUUGGCGUGCUGGAUAUUGCUGGUUUUGAGAUUUUUGAGCACAACAGUUUCGAGCAACUGUGUAUCAACUACACGAACGAGAAGCUGCAGCAGUUUUUCAACCACCACAUGUUUGUCCUUGAGCAGGAGGAGUACGCCAGAGAAAAGAUUGAGUGGCAGUUUAUCGACUUUGGGAAGGAUCUACAGCCGACGAUUGAUUUGAUUGAGCUGCCGAACCCGAUUGGUAUUUUCAGCUGCUUGGAUGAGGACUGUGUCAUGCCCAAGGCGACGGACAAGACCUUUUCGGAGAAGCUGAACUCUUUGUGGGAUAAGAAGUCACAAAAGUAUCGGCCUUCGAGGUUGGGACAGGGGUUCAUCUUGACGCAUUAUGCUGCCGAGGUGGAGUAUUCGACCGAGGGGUGGCUGGAGAAGAACAAGGACCCGAUGAACGACAAUGUGACUAGGUUGCUGGCUGCUUCGACCGAUAAGCAUGUCGCGAAUCUGUUUGCGGACUGCGCCGAUCAGGAUGAUGAGGUGGGAGGGAUGAGGAGCAGGGUGAAGAAGGGCUUGUUUAGGACUGUUGCUCAGAGGCACAAAGAGCAGCUGUCUAGCCUGAUGGCGCAGCUGCAUUCGACGCACCCGCACUUUGUGAGGUGUAUCCUGCCGAACCACAAGAAGAAGGCGAAGCAGUUUAAUGGGUUGUUGGUGCUGGAUCAGCUGAGGUGUAAUGGUGUGUUGGAGGGCAUCAGGAUCGCGAGGACGGGGUUUCCCAAUCGGUUGGCCUUUGCGGAAUUUCGCCAGCGUUAUGAGGUUCUCGUGAGAGACUUGCCGAAGGGGUAUUUGGAGGGGCAGGCGGUGGCGAGGUUGAUGCUGGACAAGUUUGGGUUGGACAGGUCGCUUUACCGGGUUGGGCUGACGAAGGUUUUCUUCCGGGCGGGGGUGCUGGCCGAGCUGGAGGAGAAGAGAGACGCGCUGAUUUCGGAGAUCAUGGCGCGAUUUCAGAGCGUGGCGAGGGGGUACAUGCAGAGGAGGAUUGCGUUUAAGCGGUUGUAUCGGGCGGAGGCGACGAGGGUGAUCCAGAGGAAUUUCCAGGUGUAUUUGGACCUUUGUGAGAACCCUUGGUGGCAGUUGCUGGUGAGGAUGAAGCCGCUUUUGGGCGCGACAAGGACGGCGACGGAGGUGAAGAAGAGGGAUGAGAUGAUCAAGCAGCUGCAUGACAAGAUGAAGUUGGAACUGGAGAAUCGCCAGAAGCUAGAGGAGGAGAGGAGGAAUGUUCAUGCGGAGCUCAACAAGAUUCAGCAGGUGCUUGAGAGUGAAAGAUCGCUUGCGCUGGAUAAGGAGGAGAUCUUCAAGCGGCUGCAGAUGAGGGAGGCGGAGCUGGAGGACAAAUUGGCUGGUGCUCUGGAUGAUCAGGAGAGAUUGGAGGACCAGCUUGAUAGUCUUCUUGACGCCAAGAAGCGGGCCGAGGAGGAUGUGAACAGCUAUCGUGCUCAGCUGGAGCAGGCAGCUGGUCUCAUUUCUAGGCUGGAGGCUGAGAAAUCGGAGCUUGCGGCAAAGGUGGCUGAUCUGGAGAAGUCCAUUGACGAGAUCGCCAAGAAGCAGUCUGAACGCAGCGCACAGGAGGCGGCUUUGGAGGAUGAGGUCAAGAUGCUGCAGAGCCAGCUCUCACUCAAGGAUAGGAAGGUGCGGGAUAUGGAGAGCAAGCUUCUCAAGGCUGAUCAGGAUCUCGAUAUUAAGCUGCGGACUGUCGAAAAGGAGCUUCAGACUUCACGAACCAAGAACUCGCAGCUCAGUGCUGAGAACCGGGAGAUUCAACAGCAACUUGCGCAAUUGUCCAAGACUUCUACCGACUAUGAAGACUUGGUGCGCAAGAAGGAGAGCGAGCUGGCGUUGCUUCGUUCGGACAAUAAGAAGUACGAAAUGGAGCGGCGUAGUCUUGAAGAUCAGCGCAAGACCCUCAGCGCCGAGAGGGAAAAGACCGCCGAGCGUCUUCGUGACAUUCAGGCGGAACUCACUGCGGUGAGGGCUCAACAAGACCAGCUCAAGCGAGAGGCUGCAGAUGCCAACAAGCUUCUCCAGGCUCGGCUCUCGGAGGAUGCCCAGGCUGAUGAGAACCGUCAACUUCUCGAGGCACAGGUCAAGGACUUGAAGGAUGAACUUUACAAGGUUCAAAUGGAACUUAGUAGAGAACGUCAGUCCCGCGACGAUGUUGCCCUUCUUGGCGAGCACAAAUACAAUACCCUGAAGGAGGAGUACGACCACCUUAAUGAGUCCAAGAUCACGAUUGAGAAGGAGCUCUAUGCUCAGCAGGACACUCUUCGCCGUAUGAUGGAGACGCGGGCUGCUGCUGAGAAGGAGCGCGAUGAAGCCAGGCAAGAAAUCCGAGCUCUUCGUGUGGCCAAGACGCAGGCUGAGGAAGCUCGCCGGGAAGCAGAGAUUAUCGGUGAAAGGGCUGCUUCCAAGAUUGCCCGUGAAAAGGAGGAGAGCCUGCGCAAGGCUCUGGAGUCUGCCAGCAACAGGGUGAACUCCUUGGAGGAGCAAGUCGCCGACCUGACCUACCAGAUUGAGGAUCUCAACAAGGUGAUUCUUGAGUCUGGAGAGUUUGGACUGAAGAAUGACCAGGCCAAGGAGCGGUUGGAACGCGAGCUUGUUACUGUCAAGGGUCGGUUGGCUGCUUCGGAAAAUGACAACAAGGCUUUGCUCAAUAAGCUGCAACAGAAGGGGCUAGAGAUUGCGAGGUCUAGCUCGAGGGCGAGCGAGGCUUCCAGAGGCCAGAUCAUGGGUCUUCAGCGGGAAAAGGCCAGGCUGGAGGAGCAGAACGCGAAGCUCAAUAAGCAGCUUGGUGACUCGCAGGUUACCAUCGCGUCUUUGGAGAAGAGACUAGAGAAGCUACAGCUCAGCUUGGAGGAUCUCAACCAUGAGGUGGCCAGGGAGGUGCAGAACAGUCGCGCUGCGGAAAAGGCUUCGUCGAGUGCCACCGCGCAACUUGCUGAGGCGAAUCGGACUAUUGAGUCUGAACGGCAGCUCCGCACACACGCUCAGGGCACAGUCCGCACUUUACAGCAGACACUGGAUUCUCGCGACAUUGAGCUUGCUGAUCUCCGCGGACAAUUGUUGGAUGCGCUCAAGAUUGUUGACCCUGAGUUUGUGCCUACGAUUCAGUCUGAGGGCGGUGCCGACAAGUUCCUCAGCAAGAAUCUUGAUCUGGCUCGCAAGAUUGAGGAGCUCCAGCAGAAUCUCCGGGUCCAGACUGCAGCUCGCGCUAACGCCGAGGCUCAUGUUGUAGAGUUGAGAGCAGCUAGGGCUGAGUCUCCGACUAGAACUCGCCAUGGGGAGUUCAACCCUAACGAACCCGUCUUUGAGCCUGGCUCACCGGAACAGAAGCGGUCCAGACCUAACGGCCGUCACUAUUCCGGUGCAUCUACUCCUCCUCGCCGCUUCGCCACGGUCGAGACUGACCAUCUCGACUCGGUCAAGUCUGACAAGACAGCUGACAUUCUCAGCUUCAACAACCGCCAGGACCUCAAGGCUGAGGUUGAGGAGCUGCAAAACCAGCUGCAGAUUGCGCACAUGCAGAACAGGCACUUGCAGAGCCAGCUUGAGCGGUCUGUGCCGGAUCCCCAGGCUACUGUUGAUGAGAGUGGCCGUGUUCAAAAGCUGGAGCAGAUGAACAGCAAGCUGCACCAUAUGCUUGAUGAGUCUUCGCAGAAGGUGUCUGCGCUUGAAAAGGCGCUUCAUGCCGGUGAGCUUUCUCUCCGCGACAUCCAGACUAGAUCUCACGAGGAGAUUCUGGAUCUGUUGCAUAGCCAAGAGGACUCCCGCCGCCGUCUCCUGUCUGAUCACAAUGAUGCCAUUGGGGAAUUGGCCCAUAUCAAGGAGCACUUUGAGAGACUCAGACACGACAGGGCCAAGAUCGAACUCGAUCUCCGCGAUGCCAAGUCCGACCUUCAGGAGAUGUCACUUGCGCGCGAGCAGGAAGCCGCCAGCCGAAACCAGCUGCUGCAGGAGUUUGCUGACUUGCAGAUCCGCUUGGACUCUGAGACCAGCAAACUGGCUGAUGUUGCUGCCAACUUGCAGUUGUACAAGGGUCGUGCGGAUGAGUACUUUGCCAAACUUGAGAACGCCGAGAUUGCUGUGCUCAAGGCUACCAGGGCCGAGCAGUUUGCCAAGGCGCAAGCAAAGGAUGCGGAGGAUGCUUGUGCUGAGAUGAUGUCUGAAAGGAAGAGGCUCGACGGCACCAUUGAGGAUCUUCAGCUCCAGAAUCAACGCUUGGAGGAGAAGAUCGAAGACAUGUCGACCGACCUUGAGGCUGCUACUCAGGCCAAGAAGAGGCUGCAGCACGAGCUGGAGGAUUAUCGCAAUCAGCGGGCAAACGAUAUCGAGGACAAGGAGUCGAGCAUGGAGCAGCUUCGCAAGAAGUAUCAGGCCGAGUUUGGGACUCUUACCAAGGAGCUUGAUCUUGCGAGGGAGGAGAAGCUGUUCAAGCAGGCCGAGAUUACGCGCUUGCGUGAGGAGCUUGACGAGCUGAGGUCCAAGUGGGAUGACGAAGUCCUCAACAGCUCUACUUGGUCCAAGGAAAAGGCUCGGUUGGAGUCGACGCUCUCGGAUGUUAUGGCUUCGAGAGAUGAGGCUGUUAAUGCUCACAACGAUGCCCAGGGCAAGAUUGUGUCGCUUCUUCAGCAGGUGCGGAAUCUUCGGACGUCGGUGGAUGAUAUCACUGCCGAGCGUGAUAACCUUGCCCGCGAGAAGCAAAGCAUCGAGGCUCGGUUGAAAGAGGCCAAGGCUGGUCUGGAGGACUUGGCCAACAGUGAGAGCCCUUCGCUGAGGAAUGCUGCGAACAUCGACAAGGAGAUUCUGGAGCUCAAGUCUGGUUUGGCUCAACAGCAGGAUAUUGCUGCUGCCGCGGUGGAGAAGAUGCGCCGCGCUGAGGCUUUGGUGUCUGAGGUUCAAAAGGACAUAGUGGCUGAGCGCGAGGCUAGCGCCGAGUUGCACAAGCAGAAGAAUGUGCUGGAGAAGUCGCUAAAUGAGGUGCAGCUGAAGCUGAUUGACUUGGAGACGAAGGGGUAUUCGGCUGCCAGUCAUGACAUCAAGUUCUUGCAUAAGCGCAUCCAGGAGCUCGAAUCGGAACUCGAACAGCACCUGAACGAGCGGAGCAAAUCCCAACGAUCAGUCCGUAACGUGGACAGGACCGUGAAGGACUUGCAGACACAGAUCGACCGGAAGGACAGGCAGAAUGUGCAGCUGCAGGAGGACAUGACGAGGAUGAGGGACAAGAUGGACAAGUUGCUCAAGACGAUUGAGGAGCUGCAGGCGUCGGAGAGCUCGAAUGAACUGCAGGCGAGGAGGGCGGAGAGGGAGCUGAGGGAGGAGAGGGAGAGAAUUAUGCAGUUGGAGAGGGAGCUCGAUAGCUGGAAGGCGAUGAAGGACCGGCCUUCGGGGGCUAGUGUAGCUACGGGGGCGAGCGUCUUUGGGGGGAGCGUGAGGGGGAAGGGGUGGAGGAGCGAUGGGAAUAUUUUGGUGGAGGAUGGGAGAGUCCCGCAGCGGAAGAGCAGCAUUAGUAGGGUGCCUAGCUUGAAGGGGUUCUUGUAG